AAGAUGGCGGGGUGCGGGUCGGUGCCGUGCUGCUGCUGCCCGCGCUGCUGCUGCGGCGAGCGGGAGAGCCGCACCCCCGAGGAGCUGACAAUCCUAGGAGAAACUCAUGAAGAAGAGGAUGAGAUCCUUCCACGCAAAGACUAUGAGAGCUUGGAUUAUGAUCGUUGCAUUAAUGACCCAUACCUGGAAGUUCUGGACAGCAUGGACAACAAGAAAGCCCGAAGAUAUGAAGCAGUGAAGUGGGUGAUGGUUUUUGCCAUUGGAGUCUGCACGGGACUGGUGGGCCUCUUUGUGGAUUUCUUCGUACGGCUCUUUACCCAGCUCAAGUUCCGGGUGGUACAAACCUCGGUGGAAGAAUGCACGGAGAAAGGAUGUCUUGCUCUGUCCCUGCUGGAGCUGCUGGGGUUCAACCUGACCUUUGUCUUUCUCGCCAAUCUUCUGGUCCUGAUCCAGCCUGUGGCAGCUGGAUCAGGAAUUCCUGAGAUUAAGUGCUACUUGAAUGGGGUAAAGGUUCCAGGAGUUGUGCGUCUCAGGACAGUGGUGUGCAAAGCUAUGGGAGUGCUCUUCAGUGUGGCGGGAGGUCUUUUUGUUGGGAAGGAGGGUCCAAUGAUCCACAGUGGUGCUGUCGUGGGCGCAGGUUUGCCACAGUUCCAGAGCAUCUCUUUGAGGAAGAUCCAGUUUAACUUUCCCUAUUUCCGCAGUGACAGAGACAAAAGGGACUUUGUGUCUGCUGGAGCUGCUGCAGGCGUUGCAGCUGCCUUUGGGGCCCCAAUUGGGGGCACCCUUUUCAGCUUGGAAGAAGGCUCCUCCUUCUGGAACCAGGGGCUUACAUGGAAAGUGCUUUUCUGUUCCAUGGCUGCCACCUUCACUUUGAAUUUCUUCCGCUCUGGGAUUCAGUUUGGAAGUUGGGGGUCCUUCCAGCUUCCUGGGCUGCUGAACUUCGGGGAAUUUAAAUGCUCUGAGUCUGAUAAAAAAUGCCACCUCUGGACAGCUGUGGACUUAGGAUUCUUCAUUCUGAUGGGGAUUGUAGGAGGUCUUCUUGGAGCCACCUUCAAUUGUCUGAACAAGAGGCUUGCAAAGUACCGUAUGCGGAAUGUUCAUCCCAAGCCAAAGCUGGUCAGAGUCUUGGAGAGCCUGCUGGUGUCACUGACCACUACAGUUGUAGUCUUUGUGGCUUCCAUGGUAUUGGGGGAAUGCCGACAGAUGUCUUCCACAAGUCAUAGUGGCAAUGGUACUCUGAGCUUGCAGAGUAUGUCAGAAGAUGUGAAUUCAAGCAUCAAAACCUUUUUCUGCCCAAAUGAAACGUACAAUGACAUGGCAACGCUCUUCUUCAACCCCCAGGAGUCGGCUAUCCUGCAACUCUUCCACCAGGAUGGUACUUUCAGCCCAGUCACGCUCUCCUUGUUCUUCCUUCUCUAUUUCUUACUCUCCUGCUGGACAUAUGGGAUCUCUGUGCCCAGCGGUCUUUUUGUGCCAUCAUUGCUUUGUGGGGCUGCCUUCGGACGCCUGGUUGCCAACCUCCUCAAAAGCUAUAUUGGCUUGGAUCACAUCUACUCAGGAACCUUUGCACUGAUUGGGGCAGCAGCAUUCCUGGGGGGAGUGGUCCGCAUGACGAUUAGCUUGACUGUCAUCCUGAUAGAAUCCACCAAUGAGAUCACCUAUGGGCUCCCAAUAAUGAUCACCCUCAUGGUAGCCAAAUGGACAGGAGACUUUUUUAACAAAGGCAUCUAUGACAUCCAUGUGAACCUGCGAGGAGUGCCCCUCCUGGAGUGGGAAACAGAGGCAGAAAUGGAUAAGCUACGAGCCAGUGAUAUCAUGGAACCCAACCUGACGUAUGUCUACCCUCACACCCGGAUCCAGUCCCUUGUCAGCAUCCUGCGCACAACUGUCCAUCAUGCCUUUCCUGUAGUGACUGAGAACCGUGGCAAUGAGAGGGAGUUCAUGAAGGGAAAUCAGCUGAUAAGCAACAACAUAAAAUUCAAGAAAUCUAGCAUCCUUACCCGAGCAGGAGAGCAGCGCAAGCGGAGUCAGUCCAUGAAAUCCUACCCUUCAAGUGAAUUGCGUAACAUGUGUGAUGAGCACAUAACAACAGAGGAGCCACCAGAAAAGGAGGAUCUGUUGCAGCAGAUGCUAGAGAGAAGAUAUACUCCCUACCCUAACCUGUACCCUGACCAGUCACCCAGUGAAGAGUGGACCAUGGAGGAACGCUUCAGACCUUUGACCUUUCAUGGCUUGAUCCUGCGCUCGCAGCUGGUCACCCUCCUCGUCAGAGGAGUUUGUUAUUCUGAGAGCCAGUCGAGCGCGAGUCAGCCUCGUCUGUCCCAUGCAGAGAUGUUAGAGGACUACCCCCGCUAUCCAGAUAUCCAUGACCUGGACCUCACAUUGCUGAACCCUCGCAUGAUAGUGGAUGUCACACCAUACAUGAACCCAUCACCGUUUGCUGUCUCUCCAAACACUCAUGUGUCACAAGUCUUCAACUUGUUCAGGACAAUGGGACUCAGACAUUUACCAGUUGUGAAUGCAGUGGGAGAGAUUGUUGGGAUAAUCACUCGACACAACCUGACCCAUGAAUUUCUGCAGGCAAGACUGCGACAGCACUAUCAGACCAUUUGAUGCCCCUGCCCCACUGUCAGUGUGGCUACCUCCCUCUUCCAAGCCUGCACACGCGCUCGCAUUCUGCUUGGACCCCACAAGGCCCAAGACUUGCCGUUUGGCUUCUCACAUGCAUAUCAAGCCUGGGGAACUGGAAAAUAUCUUGCUAGCCAGAGAAUUAGAGGAACUGCUUGAGUCCAGAGCUGCUGACUGGUCUUAAGCACUUGGUUUGACCAUUCUUGAUUCAAAUGUUUUCUCCUUCUGUGCCCCAGCUAUCUCCUUUCAUCAAAUAUUGUCCUGACGUUGUACAUUCUACUAUUUUGUUUUGAUCUGUUUUUUUUUUUUUUUUUUUUAAGAUGGUUGGAAGAAAGGGUCAUCUAGUUCCACUGUGUCCUGGGCAGAGAACUGCAGCAUCUUUUCCCUGUCCUUCUCCUCUGUCUCCCUUUUCCUUUUCCUCCCUUGUUCCUGCAACUGUUGCCUUAUUUGUGUGAGAAGGGGAUUGCUGCCAAGGCUGAAAGGAGAUACUGCAGUCUGAAGUUUCAAAUAGUGUUCUGGAGGAUAGGUUUUCUUGAAACCUGUAUUUAAAAGAAAACAACAAAAACAAAAAAAAAUCAUUGGAAAUGCAUUGCUCCUUGCCAGUGCUCCAGUACCCAUAUUUUUCCACUGGCUUGAUUUGUUCCUUCUCUCCUUUCAGGGGAGAGAGUCCCUUUUAUGACUCUUUUGAUAGCAGCUGACUUCUGAGAGCAUUUCAGUAAGUCGGAAGUCCAAAACCGUUUUGUUCCAAUUGCUGUUCGGGUUUAUAAAUGCUUAGUACGCUUGCAGAGCAUCUCAGAAGAGAGAGAUUCCCUUUUCCCUGUUAGCUGUUGCUGCUAUUAUCUUCCUGUAAGAGACUCUUUAAGGUACUUUGGGGCACUCCACUUUGUCACUGUCCUGACACCUGCAUUUCUUAGCAUUUAUAAGCACUGCAUCCUUGUACUGCUGCAGCAGUGAGAGCCAGGGAUACCUUUCUAGCUGGAGUUGUAGACCAGGAAUCUCCUCUUUAGAGCAUGGGGAAGUGGUAGUGUUGCUUCCAGGAGGCAACUUUAACUGUUACUUUGUCUCUGGGCUUGACUAACUUUUCUUUUCCUCAUGAGAGGAGCUGGUGUAACUUCAGAUUACUGUAUAGGAGGGAUACUUGGUGCUGGUAACUGUCAGGCAGGACUCUGCUGGGGAGUGAUAAGUGGGGCUGUCUGUGGCUCUGAAAAUGCUUGGAAUAAUGUUAGCAACUGCAACAGUCAAAUGUCUGUAAGGGUAAAAAUCAGCACUUAGAAGCCAGUUGCAGCCAGCUUGGGGCUUUAGCAGGUACCAUCCUGGCCAGCACCUGUAUUGUUCCAGCAGGUACCUGCCCUCGUGAGUUUUGCAUACAGAUAACCCUCUGUGGGAAGCCAGCGUUGUGCCUCCGGGGCAUGCAGGACUGAUUGGCUUGAUAAAGCACAGAUCAUUCUCUCAGCCAAGAGACUGGACCAAAUAAUGUGGGAAUGUAUCCUCGGGAAAGCUUCUCCACAGUUUCUGAGCUUCCUGUUAACCUGUUGUCUGCCAUAAUAGGUCUACCUAAAUGAGUUAUGUAUGACAGGAGAAAAAUGAACAUUUAUUGUGUUUUCUAAAGCCAAGAACUGAUUUGUGUUGAAGAUUCUCUUGGCUAAGCGUAGGGAAGUUGCUCUUUUAUAUGUGUCAAGACACUAAGGCUGUUAGAUCAGCCUCUCUGAGGAGACUGCUUGUUCUAGGGCAGUGCUCUGCAAGCUGCUGGUUGAUGAGCUCUACUACAGUUGGGGCUUGGAGGAGGUUUUGUGCCCAAGACACCAGCUGUGCUCUUGGUAGGGCUCUUUAAGUCACUUUCUGCCAUUAAUGAAAUCCUUGGAUGCCUGUGUGGUCAGUUCAGCUGGCUGGGGGACAGGUCUGUUUUCUAGCUGUUCUUGUAUCAGAGACAGCUCAGUCAUGGGAUGCAUUUUUUUUUUCCUGCAGAUGAGAGAGAACUUGGUCCUGCAGGCAGUUCCUAAGGCAGAGUUGUAGGGUAGAGUUGAUCUUUGUCAUGCAGGGCAUGGCACAGCUCAGAUUGAAAGUUUGGUUUUAGCAAAGCUAUUCAUAAGCACUUUUGUUGGUUUGUUCCUUUCCAUUGACAUCUAAAAGAUUUUUCCCUUGGUGUUCUUUUCUUCCUGUCUUCAUAUUAAAAGAGAAAUGGCAGAUCUCUGCCUUGAGAAAUGGGUAUUAUAGCCUUUUUACAAAGGAAGGAAUGAGCUGUGGCAAUUGUUGCAAAGGAAGUUGUGUGUCUCGGCACCCUUUUGUCAAUCACAGGCACUAUCCAAGACUACUUUGGGUGCUGGCCUACCUAAAGAGCAGAGAAUACAUCUUUUUUACUGUGGGUCUUGCAGCAACAGCUUGUCUCAACUACUACAAAUUGUUUUAGUGAUUUCUGAAGAUCCUAGUUUCAUUUCAGAUAAGGCAUUCCAGCUCUUAAACUUCCUAGAGUAAAGCAAAGAUAUUUUCCUGGAACCAUUACCUGUCUUCUGUGUUCAACUUGGACUCCUUAACUGGGAGAGGAGUGGGAUUGUUGUCAUGAGGGCCCACCUUAUUUAGCAGAGAGAGCUCAGUCCCUGAAUAUCUGUGUGCCACUUAAAGUAAAUCUUACUAUUUAGUUGUAAAUGGCCAUAGGAGUUGGAACUGGCUUCUGGUCUUGACUUGCAAGCUGUUUCCAUGUGAGUUGAACAAGUUUGUUUGUUUUCUCUGGUUAGUAUCUAAAGAUAAUUUCUAAAGAGCCUGUGUUUCCAGGGCUCUAGUCGUGGGCUGAGCUACUGAAAGAAACUCUUAGUGCCCCUUUAUGCUCCUGAAGCUAGACUGAGGGUUUGAAAUAUGCUUCUGUUAACCUACCUUUCAUUCAAAGGGUUUGUGCCCUUGGGCAUUUUAAAAAUCACAGGAAGACGUGUUGAUGGGCUGUCAGGUCACCUAAUGUGGAAUUAUUCUAUACUAUCAGAACACCUGUCAAGAAAUGCCCUAUGUCCCUCUGUGACAAAUCCUGUUGUUCUUGCUCAUGUUGAGUCACUGUAUGUGGAAGAUUCCUUCUGUUUCUGCAAAUGAAUAGAGCUCCUUACAUUGUUUGUUGCCUUGAGACAGUUAUGUUCUGUUUUAUUUCUGUACACAAGCUGCAACAGUGUAUUUUGCUGCAGGAUGUCUUGUCCUUACUACUGGGGCCCAGAGUUAGGUAAUCCAGACAAGGCAGGCUGAAAGAUCUUGCCAAAGUUUGUCUGAGCACCAGCUGUGCUUUCCCAUUAGAAGGCUGUCUGCUGUCAGCACUGUCUGCCCUGCCUAUGCAUCAAUCCUACUCAAAAGUUUCAGCUGGAAAGCACGCACCCCUUUGACUCUUUAAGUGAAGAUUAACUAAUGAUUGUGGAUGACUCUAAACUGCUUUGAAGGGAAAUCUUCAGUGUGCAAUUGCUUGUUAUGUAGCUUUCAGAAAGGGAAUUACUAGUGUUCAUGAUGUUUAAAGAUGCAGUGUUUCAUUUCUGACUAAGGACUGGUACAAACGGUCAUGUAUUGGAUCAAUCUUGUUCUCACACUUAACUGGUCAUUUAACUCCUCUCACAACAAACUAACUCCUGUUCUGGCUCUGGCUGCUCAGUGAUUUACCAAGAAACUUAUUUCUAACACAGGUGCCUGUAACCUUUUACUCAGAGCAACACUACAAGGAUAGUGAUCAGGAACUGGAUUAGUAUUGAUGGUAAAAGUUAGGGGUAGUAUGGGGCACUCUUCCCUGCCUCGUGGUGUCCUGUGCAGUGUUAAUAUGCAGUUUUGAAUUGUUAACUUACUGUGAGCCAUUCCAAUGGUAGCAACUUACCUGUCCAUUUGUUUUUUGCACUGUUCUUUUUUGUUACAAAUGAUGUAAGCUAAUUCCACAGUGUAUAUAAAUUGUAUUUUUUUUAAAUUUGUAUGAAUAUAUUUUUAUUUAAACUAUGGCACUUGAAGUAUUCAUGUAACCAUGACAUGUCUGAGAGUAAAAUGUUUGUGUGUCUCCUUCAGCACUUUCAAGGCCUUUUGAUAUUCCUAGUGUCUUAUUUUGACCCUUACUGUAAUAAAACUGGUAGCAUAUGCAUACAUCCAAGAACAUUAUUUGAGGUAGAUGAAUGAUUGCUGUUUAAACUGUCUGUAUCUAACAGUUCGUGCAGAAGAUGCCCUGAGGCUGGAUGUAUAUAUAAGAAUUGGUACAGUUCUUUAGGUUAUGAUGACUCUAGUCCCCUGUUGUCUUACAACAGCUGUUUAAAAGUAAGGGAUUAAAAUGUAUGAUAAAGAGCUAAAAUGUGCACAUUUUACUGGAGGUGACUGCUACUUUUCAUACCUGGGAGUUCGUUCUUACCACUCAGUUUAGUAAGUUAAUGAAAGACAUUUAGAGUGCAGUGUUAUACUUGUUUUACAGAUGAUCUUUUUGGGAUGUGAGAAAUCUUAAUUUCAUCUUUAGCCUGUAUUUAGCUAGUGGGACACGCUUUCCUGCCUUAUCCUGCUGGCUACCUUACAAAAACACUUGUGACAAUUUUCAUUCCUUUACCAGGUGCUUACAGGCCAAAGAUAUGAGUAAGUAUAACUUCUGAGCACCAUGAAGUGUUUGACUGAAAAGCUCACUGCCUUUCCAUGCCUGUUUUUCUUCAUCAAGUAGCUGUGUUGUGCUAGAUGCACAUAGUCCUUGAUGCACUCUGAAGUCAGCUACCAGCUCUCGUCUAGCUCCUGCCCUUAGUCUCACGUUUGGUGUUUAUGUAAUGAUAGGGAGUGUCCGAAAUGGAUUUGAGACAGAAUAAAAGGAUCUGUGUUUGGGAACUAUA